AUGGACGGACAAGAUGUUGGGGAUCUGCGGGUGGAGAUUUUCUCUUUUGGUCUGGCGCUGGGUGGGGGCUUUGUUGUUUUCGUGAGUUCGCUAUUGGUGCUUGGAGAACCCCUGGCAUUUCUCGAAGGGGCCCAUCGAAGGCGACCCCCAAAUUGUGUCCCAAAAUCCCAAUUGUUGGGGGGACCGACAUUUACCGCCCACGUCGACGUGGCUCGGCAAAGCUCAUCGGCGACGGCAUUGAUGUUGGUGGUGGGAGGCAAGGCCAGGGCCUAG